GGCUUUGACACCCGCCUCACCCCUCGCCGCCGGUGCCCGCGCCGGCAGUACGGACACGCCAUCCCUCGCGGCGCAGCGCGCACAGGUUUCGACGAGGAGAAGAGGACCAGGAAACGCAGCCAGGAUAUAAUAAGCGAGUGGGAGAGAGGAGAGGGGCUUUGAUCGCGCGAGAGACCUUCCUACUACCAUUCAGACGGUAAUAAGCAGGAGGGAGGCGGCGCUGCGGACGGGAUGGGCGCCGGAGGGAAGGCCGGGAAGGCGCGGCGGGCGGCGCGGGUGAGCCUCUGGGUGGCGCGCGCCAGCACCACCGUGCUGCUCUGGACCUGCGUCGUGGUGCUGCUCGCGGCCGCCUUCGGGGAGCACCUGGCGCCCAGCGUGCUGGGCCUGGGCGGGGUCUGGUCCGGCUGCCUCGCGCAGACGCUCGUCAUCGUGCAGCGCCCGCUGCUGCUUCCGGCGGACCGCGAGAGGGUCGCCGCCACCGCCACCGCCACCGCGGUCGCGCUGCCGCUGCCGCCCAAGCGAAUCUACAAGAACAAUGGCUAUCUGAUGGUGUCCUGCAAUGGCGGUCUCAACCAGAUGCGCGCAGCUAUAUGCGAUAUGGUGACGGUUGCAAGAUACUUGAAUGUCACACUCAUCGUGCCGGAGUUGGAUAAAACUUCAUUCUGGGCUGAUCCUAGGUCAGCAUUUCUAUGUGCAGUCACUGCAAUUCUUAACAAUUCAGUGAAGGACUGCAUUUGCCUUAUCCUUUUCUGUUGCUUUGCCUAUAGCGAGUUCCGAGAUAUAUUUGAUGUGGACUACUUCAUAGCAUCAUUGAGAGAUGAGGUCCGGAUACUGAAAGAGCUGCCUCCACGGCUGAAAAAGAGAGUUGAACAGGGGUAUCUUCGCUCCAUGCCACCCGUCAGCUGGUCUGAUAUAUCCUAUUACAAUAAUCAGAUUUUACCAAUGAUAAAGAAGUACAAGGUCCUUCAUCUGAAUAAAACAGAUGCUCGGCUUGCAAAUAAUGGCCUACCCAUGGAGAUUCAGAAACUGAGGUGCCGUGUCAAUUUUGAUGCGCUGAGAUUUACCCCUGAAAUUGAAGAGCUGGGCAGGCGUGUGGUUCAAAUUCUUCGUCAGAAUGGACCCUUUGUGGUUCUCCACUUGCGGUAUGAGAUGGACAUGCUUGCCUUCUCCGGGUGUACACAUGGUUGCAGCAAUGAGGAGGCUGAGGAGCUCACAAGAAUGAGAUACGCUUACCCAUGGUGGAAAGAGAAAGUGAUCGACUCCAAUGCGAAGAGGAAAGACGGGCUCUGUCCAUUAACACCGGAGGAGAUUGCGAUGGUAUUAAAGGCACUCGACAUUGAUCGCAAUUAUCAAAUAUAUAUUGCUGCUGGUGAAAUAUAUGGUGGACAAAGAAGAAUGGCUGCACUGACCUCAGCUUAUCCCAAUGUGGUAAGAAAAGAGACGUUACUGCCUUCGGGACUCAGGUUUUUCCAGAACCAUUCUUCCCAGAUGGCAGCAUUGGAUUAUAUGGUGUCCUUGGAGAGUGAUGUGUUCAUCCCCACUUAUGAUGGCAACAUGGCAAAAGUUGUUGAAGGCCAUCGCAGAUACUUGGGAUUCAAGAAGACAGUGCUACUUGACCGGAAACUUGUAGUUGAACUCGUUGAUGAGUACAAAAACGGCACAUUGAGCUGGUCCGAUUUCUCCUCCUCUGUGAAGGCAUCACACACCAGCCGCAUGGGCGCGCCAUCCAGGAGGCAGGUGAUUCCUGACAAACCCAAGGAAGAGGACUACUUCUACGCGAAUCCUCAUGAGUGCUUGCACCAACCAGAUGAGCUAUCAGCUCUAUGAUACCCUCGGAUAUAUACACAUUCUUUCCGGAGCCGUGGGCCGGCUUGGAUUACAUUUCUUGAGUAGGCAUAAUUGGAGAUCUAGCUGCAAUUGCAUUGAUGGGGACAGGCACCUGAGAGAUUAAUAGUGCCAUUUGUUAGGUGAUAAUACACACAGAUAGGCAUGAUUUGCCAGCUUUUUGGUUGUCGAAAUAAACAGCGUGUGAUCUUGUGUUGUACAUAUGAUAGGAGUUAGAAGGGAAAAAAAAUACACGCACGAGUAGGGAUUUUCAGUUUCUGAAUUGAGCUUGCAUCUGAUGUGAUGUGAUGCAUAUACAUACAUUGUGAUGGUGAUGGUUAUAAGUUCUUGUAUUGUA